AUGUCUAGCACAACUACCACCAACAACAACCCAUAUGAGGUUGCCGAGGAUUUUAACGUCAGCUCUGAUCUACCACUCCGACUGGCAUCCUCUGUACGACAAAACUCAGUCUCUAUCACACCAUCUGUGUUGAUUUCAUCAUCUUCUGUCUCUGAAUCAACCCAGGCGUCUGUUACGCCAUCUGGGCCAGAAGACACUGAUGCUACAUCCACCAUCUUUGGCAUUUCAUUUCCACCAGCUCCUCCUCCCAACACUCCAGCCGACAACAAUGAUGCCGUCUCUGCUUCAAGUGAACCAUCACCUAAAUCUGGCUGGACAGGAGAAUACUCUCAGUCUGAUCCUGGUGCUGGUUGGACUGGGGAAUACUCUGAUCCCGGUACUCCUACCACUAGCAUGUCUAAGCUUAGAUGGACUGGAGAAUACUCUACCUCUGGUGUGGAGCCUGAACAUUUAAUGGCAAGACUCAGCACUGUGGCCAACAAGUCAGAGGAUGCGUCUGUCAAAUUCCAGACUGGAGAGGAAGUGAAGUCUUCUGGAGAGAACUCCUUGACUAAAGAGGAUGAAAAUGCUUCCAUUGUCAGGGGCAUCAGUUCCGAGGAAGAAGAGGUAGCAAAGUUGGCACGUCAGGCUAUCUGGCGUGUUACUCCUCGCUCAGUUAAGGAGUCGCUUGACAUCAAGCAAGUCAAGUCUGGUGUCGUUACUAUCACCAACUCGGCCGCCCAGCCUCAAUCUGCUGUUCUGUGCACUGUUGGGGAUGAAUAUUUUCCUGAGGCUGAAGAGGCUCCGGUGUCAUCUCCUACUGAGGCAACGUCCCCAAGAGACGCCAAGUUUGUCAAGGGAGAAAACGACAAUUCCAUUGGCAGUAUGGGUUGCUGCAUGAGUGUCUUCAAGAUGCGCAGCAGACCCAAGCCUCAGGUUCCAGUCAACCAACCCAAGCACGCCACUCUCUCACCAGACAAGUCUUGUCUCAGGCCAACUACUUCUCUGGCUGGCACUGUUCUUGACAGAAUCGAAGAAGACAGCCCUCUUGAGCUUGUCCCAGCACCCAAGCCCUCAGGAGGCAAGAGGGUGACUUUCGAUCUAGACGAACCAACGGAGAGUGAUGAGUCCAAGCCCAGGCCCAAGCCCAAGUCUAAGUCUUACUUCAAUUUCAACAUGGCUUCAUCCCUCUUAAACAGAAUGCGCAGCCAGGAAACGGAAGACAGUUCCGAUGAGGAAGAGCUUGAUGACCCAGACUCGCCAUUUGCAGCACAAGACUUGGAAAUACAACGCCGUCUCGCAAGAGCUGAUUCUUACCGCGACGCAAAUGAACGCGCCUCUAUUAUCCGAGGCGCGCUGGACUUUCUCUUGGUCGUCUCCGAUAGAGUCGACAGUGUUGCUGCUGGUCGCAUCAGCGAUCUCUUGGACAAGACUGGGAAUAGGUGUCUUGGGAGCUAUACUGGCGAAGAAAAGGAUCACGUAAAUCCUCAUCAGUAUGGGAACAAGGUUGAUCAGAAGCUGUACCGUUCCAAGGAGACGGCUAUGUCUUAUUUGAGAAGACGACAGCCUCGCAAAAUUACUCGCCUUGGGACUCCUUAUAUGAGGGACUGUCCACAAUUCUAUUAUUAG